GAAAUAACAGACAAAAAAAAAGCCCCGCACCUUCGCCACGCGAGGAAUUUCAUUACUACAUUGUGGUAUUUGUAAAAGUAUUAAAGUAUUAGUUUCAGUCUGUUUUGUUUUAAUGUUUCUUUUUUUUAUGACCCCUACAAGGUUCUCACGAUACUGGGAAAAAAAACAAUAAUAAGGAUACUCGUGCCAGAACAGCGGGUAUUUGUCAUUCUUGGCUUUAAUUGAAGGUUGAAGUUUCUUCCAAACAAUGACAGAUCAAUUAAUAACGGUUUCGCUUUACAGUUAUGUCUUGGCAUAUCCCGUAUACAGGAACACGAAACUGCUGCUAAAAGGAAAUGAAACGUUCAGUUUACACGACAAUCGAGCUUGUUCAGACAACUGUUUGUUAAUUAGAGCCGACCAUGGAACCAAACAAGAAAACUUCCUCCAAAUGUGGCGACGUUCUCCUCAAAGGUUCUUCGUUUCUGUCCUUUAUUUCGUUGUUGUUGAUUGUUGCGCUGUUUUUGAGAAUGGAAUCGAUCAACAGGAAAACAGAGAUAAACGAACUGCGAAUUUCGAAAGUGGAAAGCCGCAUCGAUAUCAGAUCACAGCAAACAACAGAUCACAGAAACGAAAUGGACACACCAGAGUAUACCGAAAAGACAACAAACACCAAAGUUCGCCGCAGCUUGAUCUCUGUCAGCAACAAAUCUCUCAGCGUAGAAGAUGUCCGUAGUGAAAUCACCAAACAGUUCAAUAAACUCAAACCAGCAUCACUGUGUCAGCCAUUGGAAAAAGUGUGCGUCCCAGGACCUCCCGGUCAGAAAGGAAGCAAAGGUUCCCGAGGAAGACGAGGAGUGCAAGGCGCCAAGGGUAAAAAGGGAAAGCAAGGCAUCAUGGGUUUGCCUGGUAGACACGGUCAGCAAGGCAUUAUGGGAAAUCAAGGAGAAAAAGGAGAAAAGGGUGAAAAAGGUGAUACUGGACCCAGAGGGUUCAUGGGAUUGAAGGGAGAUCCUGGUGAAUCCAUUUCAUCUCCAGAGGUUACUGUAUCACCUGUCACUCAAACAGUCACUCAGAACCAGACCGCUACAUUUAACUGCUCGGUUAGAGGAAGCCCAAAACCUAAGGUGACCUGGAGCAAAGUCAAUGGUUCUCUUGUGGCAGGGAGCUUUGUCAGCGAUAAAAAUGGCGCCCUUAAAAUAACCAAGUCAACAUUCAGUGACUCAGGAGAUUAUAUGUGUAUAGCAGUGAACGUUUUAGGAAGUGAUGAGAGGACUGCUACACUUAUUGUGGAAGGUAAAAAAAAAAAAAAAAAACUUUCUUAAGUUGUUUACUUUAUCGUUGUGGCUGUUCAAUGUUAGUUUCAUUAAUUUAUUUCACCGGGUUUAAACUUGACAAUUGAAUAACGACAGUUAAUAAAUUGAGUGAUUUUAAUGCCUUUGUGCAUCUGUCAUCGCUUUCACAGCGUUUAAAC